CUUUUCUUUUGGGAGAAAAUCGAUAAAUACGGAAUUCUUGUAAGGCAAAAAAAGCUCCUCCAGAUUCUCGAGCUUAAGGACAAGUCUCUUGGUGUCUCUUUGUAUCAAUCGGCCGUUCUUCGCAGAGUGGAAUCUUAUUUGAAGGAUGAAGAGAAUAUUCGGUGCGAAGAACAACAAAGAGCCUCCACCUUCCAUCCAAGAUGCCUCUGAUCGGAUCAAUAAAAGAGGCGAAUCAGUUGAAGAUAAGGUGAAGAGGCUUGACGCUGAGCUCUGCAAAUACAAGGACCAGAUCAAAAGGACACGCCCUGGUCCUGCUCAGGAAGCUAUCAAAGCUCGUGCUAUGCGAGUUCUCAAGCAAAAGAAAAUGUAUGAAGGACAACGUGACAUGCUUUAUAAUCAGACUUUCAACCUUGAUCAAGUUUCUUUUGCUGCUGAAGGCCUCAAAGAUGCUCAACAAACUAUGACAGCCUUGAAGUCUGCUAACAAGGAGUUGAAAGGAAUGAUGAAAACCGUCAAGAUUCAAGACAUUGAUAAUCUACAAGACGAGAUGAUGGACUUGAUGGAUGUGAGUUCCGAAAUUCAAGAGACGCUUGGUAGGAGCUACAAUGUUCCUGAUGACAUUGACGAAGAUGACCUCAUGGGCGAGCUUGAUGCUCUUGAAGCUGACAUGGGAAACGAGACUGAAGCAGACGGUGUACCUUCCUAUCUCCAGCCCGAUACGGAACCGGAUCUUGAUGAAGGGCUUGACUUGCCUCCACCACCAACCGGGAGGACGCAAACAACAGGAGCUCAACCUGGCCGAGCUCAGGCUGAGGAUGAAUGGGGAUUACCUGCGGUACCACGUGCUUCACUCCGGGGAUAAACCCACCGUUUCCACACACUUUAGUUUUGUGUGCACUCAAACAUUCAUCUCCAAGCGAUUUCACUUGUGAAAGUCUACUAAGAUUUUUAUAAUUCCCUUUCUCAUGUAAUCAUACGUUUUGUGCAUAAACCUUGGAUCAACAUUCAUCAGAUUGAUGAUA